CGUGAUUGUCUUGCUGACUAGAACUCUAGCCACAGAGCAUCUCAGAGAGAGAGAGAGAGAGAGAGGCUUGCACAAAAAUCCAACCUUUAAUUCGUUUUCAUCCCUUCUCUCUCUCCCUCUCUGUGCGCUAAAAGAGAACAAGAUCUUCUCUUUCGGGAAGCAAAGCCGCCGGUGGCAAUACCCAUCAAGAGCCGCCGGAGCCGACCACCUCAGAGAGAAAAACCAAGGAACCCAGAUGGCGGACGCCCUGUUCUCGAGCCUCUCCGACGACGUCGUCCUCAACAUCUUCUCCAAGCUCGAGGACGACCCCCGGCACUGGGCCCGCCUCGCCUGCGUCUGCACCAAGUUCUCCUCCCUGGUCCGCAACGUCUGCUGGAAGGCCAAGUGCUGCGCCAACAUCCCCUCCGUCGUCGCCGACCUCGCCGACGCCAACGACGCCGCCUCCGCCUCCUUGCCCCCCGGCGGCUGGUCCUCCCUCCACAGGCUCGCCGUCUGCUGCCCCGGCCUCCGCCACGCCGGCGUCCUCCUCGAGAACUCCGACUUCGGCCUCGAGCGCGAGCUCGGCCCCAACGAGGAUUUUCCCAGAUCGGAUCGCCCCCAACCCGACUCUUCCUCCUCCUCCUCCGCCGCCGCCACCGCCCCCGCCGCCUCCCCCCGUAAUUGCCGUGAGAAUCCAGAACCCGUCGAUAGUUGUUCUUGGUCUCUGUACGAUGAUCUGUACUUUGAUACUGUUUACGAUACGUCCGAGUCCCAAAAGGGUGUGCAAUUGGGGGAUGGGGAUGAGGAUGAGGAUGAGGAUGUGGCUGUGGAAAGAGGUGACGUGAAGGAGGAUGGAAAUAUCAAUGCCUGCAAGAGGAGGAAGAUUUGGCGGCCGAUGCGGUCGCAUUUGGCACCUGGGGUUUGGAAUUUGUGCCGGGAACAAGGGAAUAAGCUGCUUGCGAGCCGGUUCCGAGGAGACUGCCUGUACAUCUGCGACUGGCCUGGGUGCGUCCACGUCGAGGAGAAGAGGAAUUACAUGCUCUUCCGUGGGGUGUUCAAGAAUUUCAAGCGGUCGAUGGUUUGGAGGACGAUAAACGACGGGAAUAGGAGCAGGAUCGACUUGAAUUGUGCCUUCUGCUCGUGCAAGGAGACUUGGGACUUGCACUCUGCCUUCUGCUUGAAGCGGAUCUACGGGUUCCAUGACGAUGGCGAGCCGGUUGUUCGAGCUUAUGUCUGUGAGAAUGGACAUGUCUCCGGGGCGUGGACCGAGUUGCCACUUUAUACUUGAUGGCAACCGUCCUGUGUUGGUCUCUAUUCCGGCCUUAAUGUCUAAGAUAUUGUAUUGCUGUUUAGCAGUACUUAGCUGAUUUGUGUUUGCUUGUGUAUGAUUGAUCAUGUCUGUUGCAGUUUGAUCUUCUUAUUGUCAGUUUGAUUGGUAUGACCAGGCUUCUAGUGUCUGUGGUUUGAAUUUAUAGCAGCAUUGCUGUUGUUUUACAAGUUGGUGGGUUAAUUACAGUGACAAUGAGUCUGGAAGUUCUCAAUUUUAGUGAUCAAUGCUCAUAUGCACACAUAUAAGUAUAGGCUCUGCUGGUUCGGAAGUU